AUGUCGUCGAAAAUAGUCACUUUUGGCGCAUUCAUUAAUCGAGCCAAUUUCUGGUACAAAGCAAAUGGACUUGUGGCCUACGAUGAUGUGUACGACGAUGAACCAGCGGAAAAGUCAACUAAAAAAGGCAAAACAGCACAAUUCGUAAAAGCAGCGCUCGCCCGUCUACGUCAACUUUUCUGCUUCAUCACCAUUCUCAAUAUGCACAUGGAGCUGCUCUCAGAAAUUGGGUUCGUUGUUGCUACUUUUGUGGAAAAUGCAGAUUUCUUGCAAGCAGCCACAAAUUUGUGCUAUAUAGGUUUCGUUGGAAUGGCAGUAAUUAAAACUUGGAGUAAUAUACGACAACGCGCACAGAUAAAUGUUCUUCUGCAAAAAUUAUACGAAAUAUAUCCAAAACACGCCGCAGAUCAACUCGAAUACGAUCUACCAAGACAUCUCGAUCAAUACAAACGAAUCAGUUUUAUAUUCGUUUUCAUAUACUUCUGUGCGGUUUGGGGCUACAAUAUCCGACCGCCAAUAAAUUAUUUAAUUUCCAAGUAUUGGCUGCAGCAAGGAACCUGGGAACGAGCAUUACCCUAUUAUAGCUGGGCACCUUUUAAGUGGCAAGACAAUUGGCUUUAUUUUCCGUUUUAUUUCCUCGUAGUAUAUGCGAGCCAAGCUUCUUUUGCUGGUUAUGUGGCUAAUGAUUUGUUAUUAUGUGCCACAACAGCUCAGCUAAUAAUGCAUUUUCGGAAAUUGGCUAACACCAUUGAGCAAUAUAAGGUUGGUGGUAGCCAAAGUGAGGUGCAAGUUGUACAAAAUCAGCAGGACGAAAAAGAUUUGCGCUUCUUGUGUUCCGUCGUUUUUUAUCAUUCCAAAGCACUGGAGCUUUGUGAGCUAAUAAACGAAAUAUUUGGGACGCAAACACUGGUCAACUUCAUCUCGACUUCUUUCGUGAUGUGCUUUUUGGCUUUUCAAUUUGUUAUUGGCGUGCCGCUUGAUGAACUAAUUAUGCUGGUUUUGUAUAUGGUGUGCUCGCUCUUUCAAAUCUGUAUGAUUUGCAGCUAUGGACAAGAGCUCAUAACGACGAGUGAAAAUAUAGGUCACGCCGUGUAUAAUCACAAUUGGCUUGUUGCCGAUAUUCGCUACAAGAAAACAAUGACGAUGAUUAUACAACGCGCCCAAAAGCCGGCUAUGCUAAGAGCCACAUCGUUUGUAGAUGUGAAACUGGAAACUGUAACUGAUUUACUGCAAUUGUCCUACAAAUUCUUCGCCCUCAUACGAACAAUGUACGUGCGAUAA